AUGGUUGGAUCAAAGCUUUUGGAGAUAGAGGUUAUGGGUUCGAUACUCAUCACAUUUUUGUUCAAUCUAACAAUGGUGGACAUGACACAUUUAGGGUCGAUUUUGGCUAGUACUAUGUUCAUAUUGGCUUGUUUUCGACAAUGGUUUCCACAAGAGCUUGGUCAUCGUAUCGAAAACUAUUUGGAAAAACUCAUAAGCCGUGUGUACCCUUAUAUAAGCAUAGUUUUCCCCGAAUACCAAGUUGAAGAUUAUUUCUCUCCUAGUGAAGCCUAUAACGCCAUCGAAAAAUACCUUGGCACCCACUCUUCCAAAGGGGCUAAAAGACUCAAUGCAAAUGUAAUCAAGUCCGAAAAAUCUGUGUUUUUAAGCAUGGAUGAUUAUGAAGAAGUAACCGACGAGUUUAAAGGCAUCAAGAUUUGGUGGAGUUCAAACAAAAAAGUUCGUCAACAACAAAUUCUGCUUUCUUCUGAUGAUGACGAGAAACGUUAUUUCAAGCUCACUUGCCAUCGUAGACAUCGUGAUUUUAUCACUCAACAUUACUUGCCCCAUGUGAUCGAUGAAGGAAAAUGCAUUGCUGAUAAAACAAGACAAAGAAAGCUCUAUACAAAUAACAAGAAAUGUUAUUGGACUUACAUUUUAUUUGAGCAUCCUUCCACAUUUGACACUCUUGCCAUGGACCCGAAAAAGAAAAAGGAUAUAUUGGAUGAUCUUAUUAAGUUUAGCAAGUCGAAAGACUAUUACAAGAAGGUGGGAAAGUCGUGGAAGCGAGGAUAUCUCCUUUAUGGUCCUCCUGGAACCGGAAAGUCUAGCAUGAUUGCGGCUAUGGCUAACUUUCUUGAGUAUGACAUCUAUGAUCUUGAAUUAACCUCAGUGCAAGACAACAAUGAUUUAAGGAGGCUACUUAUCCACACAUUAAGUAAGUCGAUAAUUGUGAUAGAAGAUAUCGAUUGCUCACUUGAUCUCACGGGCCAAAGGAAGGAAAAGAAGGAUGUUGAUAAUGGGGAGGCUAAAAAUCCAAUUGGUGAAAAUGAAAAGGACAAGAAGAAAAAAGGAAGUGAAGUAACUCUAUCGGGCCUAUUGAACUUUAUUGAUGGGUUAUGGUCAGCUUGUGGUAGUGAAAGACUAAUUAUUUUCACAACAAACCAUAUUGAUAAGCUUGAUCCUGCUCUUAUAAGAAGAGGCAGAAUGGAUAAACAUAUUGAGUUGUCUUAUUGUUGUUUUGAAACUUUUAAGGUUCUUGCAAAGAACUAUUUGGACUUGGAUUCUCAUGAUUUGUUUCCAACCAUAAGUCGGCUUUUGGGAACAAUCAAUAUGACCCCAGCCGAUGUUGCUGAAAGCUUGAUCCCAAUUAGUUUAUUUGAUCAAGAGAAUGUGGAAACUUGUUUGAACAAGUUGAUCAAAUCAUUGGAAAAUGCUAGGAUCAAGGUUGAGGAUGAGAAAGUGGCAAGUGAAGAAAUCAGUGACGAAAAUCGGGAAGAAUUGCAUGUAGGUGAUGAAGAAGGAAAGAAGGUUGAUCAAGAUACCAAAAGUUUGAAGACAAAGUCACUUAAAGGGAAUGAAAAAAAAGAUGCAAGUUUGACUAGGGAUGAUCUUAGCAGUUGGGUCAUAACAGAAGAAGAACAAAGGGGUUGUUAA